AUGGAGAAGAGAGAAACAAAAGGGAGAAAUCGGCCCACAAAGGAAAAUCCUACGAUACUCGAAACGUCACAACCGCUGCCCCAAAACACACAAAAAAAGGAAAAUAAAAAGAUACAUAAGCCAAUGGAAAGGGGAGACUUGGAGGCAAAAAGAUGGCUGGACCUAAUAGAAGAAGGGAAAAUAUGUUACAAAGAGAUAGCACUUCACAUAAAAAACUUAGAAAAUAAAGGACAAAUAACAGCAGAAGUUGAAAAACUACAAAAGAUAAUAAUAGAAACAACAAACAGAUUAAGUUUGAAGGACAAGGAAGGAAAGCUAUCAAGAGAUGAAUAUAUAAACAAAAUACAGACAACAGAACAAGACAUAAAGACUGAGAUGAGAGCUCUAUUGAAAGGCCUCCAGGAAGGAAUGGAGGAGGAAGUUCGCCAGAGAAACGACUUCACGAACACAGCACAUAAUCUUAUGAGUGAAGUGGUCAAAAAUACGAGACAAAGUGAAGAACAAGCGUUAGUACAGAAAAGGACGGGAAAGAAAUUAGAGGAGACAUCCAUAAUAAUAAGAGAUUUGAUAGAGGCACAGAAAGGUAAAAGUUGCGAUCAAAGGGACACAAUCGAUAAGAUUAAGAAAACGGAAAUAGAAAUACUAAAGGAGAUAAAGAGCAAGGAAUGUAGAAUGGAAGCAAAUGAAAAAGAUAUCGCACAAAUGAGAAUGAAAAUGGAGGAAUGCGCAAAACAAAUGGAGAACAUGAAGGACGAAAUGAUGAGGGAAAUAAGGGAAAUUAAAGAAGCAAGCAGGAAAGGACACGAAGUACUGAUAGACAUUAAAAAAGACAAAGAAGAAAAUAUAAGCGGAAAACAUGAAGGAAAACAAGGAGAAAGGAUAGAUAGAACAUAUGCAGAAGCUAUGAAAGGUAAGAUACAAAGACAAAACCGCACCACAUAUCACUCGUUAAUUAUAAAUUCUGUAGAAGAAGACAAAACAGGAGAACAAGUCUUUGAGGAGAUAAAAAGGUCAAUAGACGAGAAAGAGGACUGGUGCGAGGUGAUAAAGGUCAAGAAAACCAAAAACCAGAAAGUCAUCAUUAGUUGCGCAAAGAAUGAAGAAGCUAAAAAAUUAAAGAGUAUAUUAGAAGAAAAGAACAAAAAACUAAAUAUAGAACAUGCGAGGAAUAGAAACCCACUAAUAAUAGUAAAAAACAUUAAGGAGAAAAAAAGAUGGAACAGGUGGUAG